AUGAGUCAAUCCAACCACCCUCUUCUCUCCUCCUCGUCCAUCUCUCAUCAACAACAACAACAACACCGAAAGAAAGUGUAUACAGUGGACGGAACUGUCUUUGAGGUGGAUGAUCACUACUCUAUUAUCAAACCAAUUGGAUAUGGUGCAUAUGGAUUUGUUUGUUCGGGAAUUGAUAAGAAUACAAACGAAAAGGUUGCCAUCAAAAAGGUUCCUAAGGUAUUUCAAGAUUUGGUGGACGGAAAGAGAAUACUCAGAGAAAUUGAAUUACUAAAGACAUUCCGUCAUGCCAACAUUAUAUCUGUCAAGGAUGUCAUGACAAUUCCCGACAAAAGCACAUUCAACGAUGUUUAUAUUGUAAAUGAAUUGAUGGAUACAGAUCUUUAUCAAGUCAUAAAGUCAAAACAAGAGCUAUCCACAGAACAUAUUCAAUACUUUGUUUAUCAAAUUCUAAGAGGUUUGAAAUACAUUCAUUCUUCAAAUGUUCUUCAUAGAGAUUUGAAACCAAGUAAUAUUUUGGUCAAUGAAAAUUGUGAUGUAAAGAUAUGUGAUCUUGGCCUUGCAAGAGGAUUUGAUGAUCAUAGUGAGAUGACAGAAUAUGUUGUAACAAGAUGGUACAGAGCUCCUGAACUCGUAUUAAUGUGUAAAGAAUACAAUUAUGCCAUUGAUAUUUGGAGUGUUGGAUGCAUUUUGGCAGAAUUAAUCGAACGAAGACCAAUAUUUCCAGGCAAAGAUUACAUUGAUCAAAUCAAUUUAAUAACCGAUGCUUUAGGAACACCAUUGGAAGAGGAUAUGGAACAUGUGAAACAUUCUGAAGCACGAAGAUACAUUAGAAAUUUACCAAAGAAAAAACCAAUUCCAUUCAAGCAAUUAUUCCCUAAAGCAAAAAAGGACGAAUUAGACAUUCUUUCUAAAAUGUUGGUAUUCAAUCCAAAGAAGAGAAUCUCUGCUGAGGAAGCACUUGCUCAUCCUUAUUUCUCCUCUUUGCAUGACCCCAAAGAUGAACCAUCAUCCAACAUUUCUUUUUCGUUUAAAUACGAAAAUGUGGAUAUUACUGAACCAGAAUUGAGAGAUUCCUUAUAUGCUUUGGCUUGCUACUAUCAUCCAGAGAUGUUGCAACAACAACAACGCAAGUAA